UAUAAUUUUGUAGAAAUUCAUUGUAUUUAAUCAAGUAGUACUUAUAAGUACUCACCUAAUUCAUUUUCUGUUACUAAUUAGGAGAGCGUAGCUAUUACCAAAAUUGGUUGGUUUUGCUCGGUCGAGUAAAUUCUUUACUUCUUUAUGCGAACUACAAUGCGGUUUGCGGUUGUCUACUUACUCACAUGUACCACUUUCAAGCAAAAUAAAUAAUUUGAUUUGGGUUCUAUUCCUGAUGAGUUUUGAAUAAUUUUAGCAGGUUGAGAACCUUUUGCUAUCGUGUUAUUUGUUUAUUGAUUUGAAAUGAUUUGUUAUUUUUUUACCUUAUCAAUAAUCGUCAUAGCUCUAUUUAAUUAAGGCAAUGUGAUAGUUCUAAGAAACAUGGGUGUCUAUGUAUAUAAUCCUACUGUAUUUUCCUUGAAUUACAUUGAUAUAUGAAGAACAUUUCCUCGUGUUUGAAUAUUUAUAAGUACAGUGCAUCGCGUAUGCCGUUACUGGCGGAGACGGGCUUCUUUGUGAUGGGCCCUACGAUCCAGACGGUGACGGCGCCGGUGUGGCUGGGCGAGGGCCCGCACUGGGACUCCGCGGAGCAGGCGCUGUACUUCGUCAGCAUCUUCGACAAGACUGUCCACAAGUACGAGCCCGAUACUGGGGUGCACACCAGGGCGAAGUUGGAUGGCAUGCCAACCUUCAUAAUCCCAGUGGAAGGCAGGCCGCACCACUUCGUAGUAGGCCUGAACCGCAAGGUGGUGGAGAUCCAGUGGAAUGGCGACGAGAACGCCGCGAGGGUGCUACGGACCGUCGCUGAGGUUGACCAUGAGAACCCUAACAAUAGGUUUAAUGAUGCUAAAGCCGAUCCUAGGGGCAGGCUGUUCGCUGGCACGAUGGGUCACGAGUACGAGCCGGGCAAGUUCGACCUGAAGAAGGGCGCCCUCUACCGGAUUGAUCCGGACGCGAGCGUGCACAAGCUGGCCGAUAACAUUGACAUCUCCAACGGACUGUGCUGGGACGUUAAGGAGAAGGCCUUCUACUUCGCAGACUCCUUCGAAUACACUAUUAGAAGAUACGAUUAUGAUAUUGAGACUGGCAACAUUUCAAACCCAACGACGGUAUUUAAGUACGCGGACCACGGGCUAGCGGGCAUCGUGGACGGAAUGACCAUCGACACCGACGGCAACCUCUGGGUCGCCAACUUUGACAACCACCAGGUGAUCAAAAUCGAUCCUCGCACCAGCAAGCUCCUCCAAACCGUCAGGCUGCCCCCCCUCCAAGUGACGUCAGCAACCUGGGGGGGCCGCGAGCUCGACGACCUCUACGUGACCAGCGCCGCCAUGGACCGCGGCGCCCCCCAGGCCCCUCCCGCGGGGGCCACGUUCCGGCUCGGCGGCCUGGGGGCCAGGGGGCACCCCAAUGUUAGUGUUAAGCUGCAUUGAAUAAAUGCUUAGUGUUAA